AUGGCGGCCUCCAUAGGGCGCACCCAUUCCGGCGGCGCACGCCUCGCGUCACGUGCUGCCGCGCAGCCAAUCGCUGCGCCCUCCCCUUCCCUCAGCCUCGCUCCCGCUUCGGCGCCCUCCCUUCUGACGUCAGCAGCGUGCGCCCGGCUCCUGAGGGGCUGCAGGCCCCCUCCGGUGCCGCUCCCACCCGCGGCGCUCGAUCCCCCCCCCCCGGCUGCUAUGGGCCGCGCGGGCCGCCGAGCCCCGCCCCCGAGGGGGGGGCUGCCCGAAGCCAAGCGCCGCGGCCGGGCCCGGAGCCGGAGGGAGGGGCUGGAGGCGGAGCUACAACGGCUGGACCUAGGUCCCGAAGCUGCCGCCCCUACUGGGACAGGGCUGGUCUAUGAGGAUGCUCACAGGCAGGGGGAGCCGGAGCCGCUGGCAAAGGCUUGGGCAGCACUGGAGGAGCUGGGGCUGGUGCAGCGCUGCCUGCGCGUGCAGUGUCGCCCGGCCACCGAUGAGGAGCUGCUGCUGCUGCACAGCCCCCCAUUGCAGGAGCAGCCGGAGCAGCAGCCCCCACCUGCCCCCCCCCAGGGCCUCUCCUUGGCGCUGGGGUCACUGCUGGAGCUGCAGCAGAAGGUGCUGAGCGGGACCCUGCGCAAUGGACUCGUGCUGGUGCGGGCCCAUGCUGUCCCCACAGCCCCCCCCAGCACUCAGGCUUCAGCCCCAUCAGUGCCGCAGCUCGAGCAGCCCAGAGACAUGGCCUGGAGCGGAUCCUCGUUGUGGAUUGGAGCCCCCAGUCCGGCCGUGCCCCCCCCAGCCUCGGCCAGGAGAGCCCCGGGCUCCUCUAUUUCGGGAUGCACCAGGGCAGGGACCCCCCCCCCCGGCUCCAGCUCCGGCCCCAGCGAAGGCUUCACCGUGGAGCUGCAAUGGGACGAGCCUGGCGCGAUGGACGGGGACUACGCAGCCGCCUUCUUCCACCUCCUGCUGCCCAUUGCCUUUGAGUUCCAGCCCCAGCUCGUGCUGGUGGCCGCCAGCUUCGACAUCGCCAGCGAGGACCCCAAGGGCUCCGGGGGGGUCUCCCCCCAUGGAUUCGCUCUCAUGACCCAUUUGCUGUCAGCGCUGGCAGGGGGGCGGCUGGUGCUGGCCCUCGAGGGGGGGGCGGAGCCUGCGGCGCUGGGGGCGGGGCUUGGCUCCAUCCUGGGGGCUCUGCUGGGGGAGCCUGGGGAGCCCCCCCCCGCAAUGGUACCGUCCGCAAGUGGCCUGGCCUCCAUUGCCCGAGCCCUGUCCCUGCACCGCAAGCACUGGAGGUACCUGAGCUGCGCCGAGCCCGAGGAGGAGGAGGAGGAAGAGGAAGAGGAAGAGGAGGGGGAGGAGGAUGGGGAUGAAGGCGCCGGAGCCCCCCCCCCACCGGAGCAGCUGCAGCCAUGGCCCCGGCCUGCAGCCCGCACAGCUCUGCUCUAUGAUGAGAGGAUGGAGGAGCACCACAACCCCUGGGACAGCCAGCACCCUGAGGCCCCCCAGCGGGGCCGGCGCAUCCUGGAGCGGGUGCAGGAGCUGGGGCUGGCUCAGCGCUGCCUGCGCCUGCCUGCGAGGGCAGCGACCCGGGCACAGCUGCAGGCCUGCCACAGGCGCUCUCUGGUGUCCCUGCUGUCCCGCUCGGCUCUGCUGUCCCCUCGGCAGCUCCGUUCUCUCUCCUGUCGCUUUGACUCCAUCUACCUGAGCUCAGGAUCCUUCACAUGUGCUCGGCUGGCGGCUGGGACAGCGUGUGCGGCUGUGGGGGCCGUGCUCAGCGGGCAGGUCCGCAAUGCUCUGGCUGUCGUGCGCCCCCCCGGUCACCAUGCAGGACGCGGCUCCGCUGGCGGCUUCUGCCUCUUUAACAACGUGGCCGUGGCCACGAGACACGCACAGCGCCUGGCGGGGGAGGGGCUGAGGGUGCUCAUCGUGGACUGGGAUGUUCACCAUGGCAACGGCACCCAGGAGAUCUUCGAGGAGGACCCGAGCGUGCUGUACAUCUCCCUGCACCGCCACGACGGUUCCUUCUUCCCGGGGGGGUCGGGGGGGUCCCCGCGGCGGAGGGGGAGGGGCCUCGGCCUCGGUUUCACCCUGAACGUGGGCUGGGGGGGGCCCCGUGCGGGGGACCCCGAGUACGUCCUGGCCAUGACCCGGCUCGUGCUGCCUGUGGCCUGCGAGUUCUCGCCACACUUGGUGCUGGUCUCGGCCGGGUUCGAUGCUGGGCGCGGGGACCCCCUCGGGGGCUGCCUCGUGUCCCCCCCGACCUUCGGCCUCAUGACCCAUCUGCUGGGGGGGCUGGCGGGGGGGCGGCUCGUGCUGGUCCUCGAGGGCGGCUACAACCUGGGGGUGACGGCAGAGGGGGUGGGGCAGUGCCUGGGGGUGCUCCUGGGGGACCCCCCCCGCCUGCCCCCCCCCGGCCCCCCCCAACCCGCGGCCCUGCGGGACAUGGAGCGGAGCCGGCGCCUGCAGCGGAGCUGGAGCAGUCUCAACCUGCCCCCGGCCCCCCCGGAGCCCCCCCCCUCGGCAGCAGAGGGCAGUGAUGACGUCACACCCAGCGGCGAUGACGUCACCCGCAGCGACAAUGACAUCACAGGCGGCGCCGGUGACGUCACCCGCCUCGGCGAUGACGUCACGGCCACGCCUCUGGACGCCAUCUUGCGCCUGGGGGAGCUGCACCUCGGGGACCCCCCGGGGGGGGCGGAGCCUCCUCCAGACCCCGCCCCCUUGGGGGGGGCGAGCGCGAGGUGCCCCUCCCCCCCCUGCCCGGAGGAGGAGCCCGAGGAGGGGGCGCUGUUCGCCGUGACCCCCCUGCUGGACUGUCCCCACCUGAGCUCUGUGACCCCUCCCUCCGGGGCGGGGCUAGAGGGGGGGGACGCCCCCUGCAGGGCGUGCGGCAGCCGCAGGGAGAACUGGCUCUGCCUCAGCUGCCACCAGGUGCUCUGCGGCCGCUAUGUGGGGGGGCACAUGCUGGAGCAUGGGGGGGCCGAGGGGCACCCCCUGGUCCUGAGCCUGCGCGACCUCUCUGCCUGGUGCUACCCCUGCGGGGGGUACGUCCAUCACCCGGUGCUGACCCCAGCCAAGACCCUCAUUCACCGCCUCAAGUUCGGCUUUGACCCCCCCUCCAACUGACCCCCCCUCCCCCCCAUCUCCGUGCCCCUCCCCCACUCUCUUAAAGGGCUACACACGUGCCAACCCCCCCCCAUCACCAGCACCCCCCAACCCCCCACUCCCCCCCUCUUUGGGCCUUAGGCUGGGCCGGGCCUGGAGCCAUGGGGGAGAAGGGGUAAAUAUGGGGGGGGACCCCCCAAACACCAGCCUUAAGGGGGGGUCCCAGGGGGGGACCCCAGUUUUUAAGCCCCACCCCCUUUUCAAGGCAUUUUUAAUCCAGUUCUUUGUAACGAUGGAGAAAUAAAACACACAGGAGAGUGCA